UUCUGAUAGUCAGUGAUGCAAUUUCGGAACAUUUUCAAUGUCACCAAUAUCUUUCCCUACGCGUGUUGCUGACUCGCUGUUUUCCAGCAUCUUGCCCUACAGGUUACACAAUGUUCCGUGGAACCUGCUACAAGGCCUUCAACACACGGAAGACCUUCAGCGAUUCGGCCGCGGCCUGUGGUGAAGACGGCGGCACCCUCGCCAUGCCCCGAGACGCUGAGACCGACGCCUUCCUGAUCUCCCUGCACAGUGGCAAGAGGCCCUUCUGGUUCGGCCUACACGAUCAGCGCGAAGAGGGAAGCUUUGAGUGGGUGGAUGGUUCUGCACUUGGGACCUACAACUCCUGGUGUCCGGGAGAACCAAACAACUAUCGGGGCAGGGAAGAUUGCGUUCUUCAUAAUUCUGAAGACGAGUGGAACGACGCCAAAUGCAACAGGAAGUAUCGCUUCAUCUGCCAGACUGUCCCAGGACGUCCAUUGGCGACUGGCGGAACUCUCACCACCAAUGUGCUGCGGCUUUCCGACCAUCCGCAGUAAAACUGACCAGCAAAACAUGAAAACUUGGAUUAUUAUUAUGAUUAAUAUUGUUAUUAAAGCAGAGGAAAUCAGCACGUGGUUCCCUGAACCUGUUUAAACUUUGAGUAGAAACUAACAGAGUAAAAAUGUAAAGAAAACUUCACUAAUAGAAAUACGUUACCUCUGCUGUUUCACAAUAAACAAACUUCCUUUUGUUGUAGUAAAUUGACGAGAAAAGCAAAAUGCCAGAACUGGCCGCUGGUAUUUAUUGAUGGAAGUUUAUUUGUAACAAGCCUGAACCAAGCUAUAGUGAUUUCCUUGCUGUUCUCCAUGUUUGUAGACUGUGCUCAUUUGAGCCUGGACCACUGAAAAAGCCACAUUGACUUUGAUGA